GCCAGAUCAAACAGUCUUCACAAAAAUUAUUGCAACGACACACCUCUCGUUACAAUCACAUGUAUUGGCAAUCGCGCGUUGCAAGCACAUGCAGACCGUGCACAUAUCGUGCACAGACCGUUGUGCUACAUGCAUAAGCCACAUUGGUUCGUACCCCUCCGAGGCUGAGCUUAAGCUGUAUCAAGAGGCGCAGCAGGUAGCAACACGUCUAAAACCUCACAAUUGGUACCAUUUCAGAUCUAGAUCACUCGCAGCAGCUGGAUAGUCCUUCCCAUCCGGCCCUUGGGUGAACAGAUCAUAUUCUUUCGUCUACAGCCUCCGCAGCAGAACGAGCAGUGGGACGAUGCCUAAGAUUACGUCAGCUGCUUCAGCGAAGGGAAGCGUACCCACCACCUCUCACGGCGAAAGUGUAACUCUUGAAGUCCACCAAAGACCUGACCAGAUCCUACAACAACCGACGAUUUUGAGAGAUACAGCUUUGCGUGGUGCGGCAAAACGGCAAAGUCAGGCUGUGGCUCUGCCCGCCGGAAAACAUCAACGGAUCGCAUCUCGUCACAAUCGAUACAGCACGGUGGACACGGUAGAGUGUCAAGGUCAGAUCUCAGAAAUCGCACAUAAGGCCGAUCGGAUAUGUCGCAUGUGCCGAAGGAUAGAUUUCGAAGCGAUUUUCAAUGAAGAUAGGAGAGAUCCAAAGCUUUACAAGAUCUGGGGUGGCAGGUUUUACAAUCUGUCUUAUAUAAGUCCACAGAGUAGUUGCUCUUUGUGUCGGUUCUUCUACAGUGUUAAGGAGCCAGUAUUAGGUGAUAUCGCGGGGCAUACAGGUUACUAUCUCAAAGUCUUCCCAGCAAGGAGCAACUUCGGUGCUUGGAAGCUUCCAUUCGAUGAAUCGCCAGGCUUCAGAGUUAUUCCACUCCCGCACGACCCACGCAGACCCGAUAACCAUGGACUUGUCAUGGAGCUUUCUGAAGGACAAGAGGGCUUCUGUGGCCGUCAGAUACAACCUCAAGUGGAUCUAGCCAUUAUCAAAGAAUGGCUUAGCUUUUGUGAUGAUCAUCAUAAGGCUUUGUGCAAGCAGAAAUCCGAUCCGCAAGUUCCCAAAGACUUCUGUGUAAUAGAUUGUACGACGCGCAAAAUCAUACCAUGGGAGGAGAUCGUCGACCAGAAACAAUACGUAACCCUUAGCUAUACGUGGGGCAGGUCAAAUCAAGAUAUCGUACUCCAAGAAGGUGUAGUUCCAUCCGAUCUGCCUUGCACGAUUGAACACACUCUUCAGUUGACGAUAGAAUUGGGUUAUCGAUACCUUUGGAUAGACCGAUAUUGUAUCACUCAGGACGAUACUACGAGCAGACAGAUACAGAUUCAAAGCAUGGACAUCAUAUACCAGCACUCCGUCCUUACAGUGGUUGCAGCGGCGGGUGUUGACCCCGAUCAUGGAUUAUCUGGACUUGGUACAGCUUCAAGAGAACGUCAGCCGUCUGUAGCAAUCGGUCACCGAACUCUUGUGUAUGCACCAUAUGCGAAAGAUCAAAUCUUGUCUUCGAGGUGGAACAGUCGAGGGUGGACUUACCAAGAAGGGCUUCUUUCUCGACGGAAACUUGUGUUUACCAAUAGCCAGGUGUAUUUUCAAUGCAAUGGCAUGCAUUGCCUCGAGAGUAUACAAGCACCGCAAGAAAUAUUGCAUACACAAAAUAAUGCUCGUAUGCGGGACGAUAUCGACAUCUCUCGAGUCUUCCCCCUUCGUGGGCUCGGAAAGAGUCCACUGGACCUCAAGGAACGGCUUAAUGAAUACCUAAAAAGGUCACUUACCAACGAUGACGAUAUCCAAGAUGCCUUCAAGGGUGUCUUUGUUGCUUUUCAACGGAAGUUUCCAGGCAAAAUUCAGAGUCUCUGCGGGAUCCCAAUAUUCAGUUCUCAACUGCUUGGCAGUGACUUGGAUGCCUUUGUGCUAGGUCUGAAUUGGUACAGUCGUCGAGGACACUCCGAUGACCGCUUUGUGUUGGAGCGGCGCAAAAAGUUUCCAAGCUGGACCUGGCUAGGAUGGAAAACUCAUGGAGUCCACUUCUACGGCACUUUCUACCCCCGCGAUCGAGAUUACACAGGCCAUAGGGCUGUCGCAUGUGCUAGCAUCGAAUAUGCUGAUGGAUCUGUACUUGCAUGGAGGGAGGCUAAGGAUGACAUACUUGCUCGCGAAAAUGUAGCAUUGAUGCCAGCUUUCCUCCACUUGCAUGGACAAGCUUUUGACGUACACAUAUCCACAGACGGUAGAAUCAUAGGUGAUGAUGAAGGUGGAGUUGUUGAGCAGAUCAGGGUGAAUCAUGAUGAGCGAUGUGGUGAGCUCCUUGUUCGACAAAUACAAGCCGUACAUCCGUCACAGCAAUAUGUCGAUUGCUUGCUCAAACUCACAUUUUUUGUUUCACAUCAAUGGGAUGAUGAAGUACAUAUUCUGAUAUUGUAUCAGCCGGAGGGCUCGUCAUGCUUCGAGCGUGUAGGACAAAUCUCACUCUUUAUGCAGCUCUGGGCCGCGGGGUUUUACACAGAAAAUUUGACAUUCCCCAGCGCGUUGCGAGGUUGGACAGAAACACAAGUCCGCAUCGAAUAGUGUUGACGGUUUCGAUAGUCUAUAAAAGAGUAAAAGGUAGUAAGAUUACAGCCACUCGAAUAACAACA